AAUUUUAACGCUGAUGCACUAAAUUCAUACAAGAUCAAACUCAUCGAAGCUAAAACGGUUAGGGAUGUAGAACAAUGGUAUCAUUUGAUUGUUGUUAGUUUGUCACUUAAAUUUCCCACAACUCCAAAAAUGGCAGAUUUAUUACCUCCUCAGAAGAAACAGUGCAAUGUUUAUACCUUUACUUCCAUUGUUUUCAUCACCUCCUUCCUCCUCGUACUCCUCAUUCUUCCUAAAACCCAACGAGUGAACUCAGAUCUCUUUUCACAUUCCGCCAUUACCAUUAACCCAUCUCCUCCUAUUGCUUCUCUCCCUCCUUAUCCAUCUCUUGCACCUCCCCCCAUUUUCAGACCUGAAUCUACAAAUAUUGAAGAUUCUACAGAUGCAAACUUCAAUGGUAGAAAGGAAGAAGAUGAAACUGGAUUUGCCGCUGUUGAGGAAAACAAACAAUUGGGUUUCAUUUAUGGAUCUGUAAUUGAUAAUGGGUCGGUUCUGGGAAAAGUGGAUGAUGUGAAGAAAUGGGGUAAAACUUGCAAUUUCUAUAUGGGUAAAUGGGUUAAAGAUGAUGAAUACCCGGUUUAUCAACCGGGUUCUUGUCCAUAUGUUGAUGAAGCAUAUGAUUGCCAGAGUAAUGGAAGGACUGAUUUUGAAUACAUGAAAUGGCGUUGGAAGCCUGAUGAUUGUGAUCUUCCCAGGUUCAAUGCGACUGACUUUUUGGUCCGAAUUAGGGGUAAAAGAUUGAUGCUAGUUGGAGAUUCAAUGAACCGUAAUCAGUUUGAGUCAAUGUUAUGCCUUCUUCGCGAGGGGCUUCCUGAUAAGAGCAAAAUGUAUGAAGUCCAUGGAUAUAAAAUAACUAAAGGAAGAGGUUUUUACAUAUUCAAUUUUGUGGACUUCAAUUGUACUAUAGAAUUUGUGAGAUCCCAUUUUCUCGUAAGAGAAGGAACCCGCAUUAAUGCACAAGGAAGCUCAAACCCAACAUUAUCAAUCGAUAAAAUUGACAAGACAGCUAAACGAUGGAAACGGGCUGAUAUUCUUGUCUUCAAUACUGGCCACUGGUGGACUCAUGGGAAAAUUGCAAGAGGGAAAAACUACUUUAAAGAGGGUGACAUCCUCUAUCCAAAAUUGGAUGUAGUAAAGGCUUAUAGGAGGUCCUUGAAGACAUGGGGCGAAUGGAUCGAUAAAAAUUUGAACCCUUCUAAGCAAUUGGUAUUCUACCGAGGAUACUCUUCUGCACAUUUCAGGGGAGGAGAUUGGGACUCCGGAGGUUCAUGCAAUGGUGAGAAAGAGCCCAUAUUAGAAGGUGCUUUCCUAGAUACCUACCCGAUCAAAAUGAAAAUUGUCGAAGAAGUCAUCGAACACAUGAAGGUUCCUGUCAUAUUACUAAAUGUUACGAGGUUGACAAAUUUUCGAAAAGAUGGUCACCCGUCAGUUUAUGGUAAGGUUAGAGCAAAGGGGGUAAAAGUUUCGACGAGAAAGCAAGAUUGUAGUCACUGGUGUCUUCCUGGUGUCCCUGAUGCUUGGAAUGAACUAAUUUAUGCAACUUUAGUAUUCCAACAGACGAAUCUCAGACUAGUAUAAAAGGCUCGAAGAUUUCUCAUCGCCAAUUUAUAUCUGAGGGCGAUAAGAUAAUUGUUGAUGUAGAAGAUGUAAUGAUGUAAAUGUAUAUGUAAUGCUCAUACGAUACAUCAACAUAUUAUCAGGGUUAAGAGUUAAGACUGUAUUUUAGCUGAAGGAAAACCCUAUUGUAGAAGUUGCUUGUAGAAAGGCACACCAGGAUUGGUGUGUGUUGUCGUCUUGAGCCGAGUGCUUCAUUGGCUGCAACCUUCUUAUCUACUUUAAUAAGGGUAUGUUGUGUUGUAUUUCAACUGUCUCUGUACCCUAAUUGUAGUUUCUAUGAGCGGGAUAUACUGGGUACAAUGAUGGCGAUGAGAUAGAUAUUAUCUAGUUUCACGGAAAAUUUUCAAUCA